AUGAUAAAUGCGCCAGAGAUAAUUAAUUUACUCAAAGGCCCGUGCAGCACCUCCCCGUUCCAUCCAGUGGUCGCCUCGCCCUCUCAGUGGUCCACUGACUGCGUUGCGUCUUCGUGGCUAGCUGCAGAGCCUAGUUUAGCACAGCUCUCACACUUCGACGUCAAGACUCCGCCUGGUUUAGAUCAUGAUGCCCCAGCCGCGCCCGUGAUUCCCAUUCUGUCCAUCCUCUGCCAUCCUCUGCUUCGGAUUCCCACGCUCGUUCUGCCGUCCAUUUACAGGACCAUCGCCACGCUCACUACCCGCAUACGCAUGACCAUACCCGCCACCAAGACGCCAGCCACGACAGUCGCCGCGACGAAGGCCAGCGAUUCCUCGUCGCUGGAUGCCCGUUCCCUCGCCGCCGCCGUGGACGCUGCUCUUGCUGCCCGCGCUGACGAUGCCUCCUCAACUUACGUCACCCAGGUCGUUCAGACUAUUUCUAUCGUCCAAGUAGUCGACAACUCUGGCUCGCCAAUAUCGACUUCUACCGAAUAUGCCACCCCUAAUACCGUCGUUGUCGACCCUAGCACGGGCGAGACCAUGUCACAAUCUGGCCCUGCCUUUACCAUUGCCGUGAACCCGAGCAGCCUUCUACCGGGUCUUGGACGCGAUUCAUCAUCCACGCCAUCUACCACAACCUCGACUCACCACACGACCUCGACUUCGUCGCAGCCCAGUUCCGCUCCGAUUCCUCCCUCGUCCGUCUCUAGCUUUCCCACCUUGUCGGAUACGAGCAACGGAACCGCCUGGGGUAAUGCAACCUCGUUCGGCACUCCGUCAAAUUCCACAAUCCGACCGACUUCCCUGACCCAGUCUCUCAAUUACAAUACUACUGCGACGCAAUCCGACUUUGACCUCUUUUCAACUUCAAGCGACACGGAUACGAACACAUCAACCUCUUCCCAUUCUUCAUCUUCUUCGUCUUCGUCCACAUACAGCUCGACACCGACUUGGAACUCUCCCACGGUUAUCCCCACGGUCGCAGGUAGUGCUGAAACUUCUUCCACCUCGUCCACGUCGGGUAGUGAUCCGCUAUCGACUCAGCAAAAGCAAAUCGUUGGGGGAGUCGUGGGAAGCAUUGCAGGUGUGGCCUUUCUGGCCUUGCUCGUCAUGCUUGUUAUGCGUUACAAGAAGAAGAGAGGCAGUGAGUCUCUACCGAGCAGCGCAGAUACUCGAACCCUCCCGGCUUCGCGUGGCCCAGGCGCAGCUAUCAACCCCAUGGGAGAGCGAAAUGCGGCCUCCUCAUCUGUCAACGCAGCUUUCGCGGCCUUGACUAGUAAGAAUCAGUCAAGGGGCAUCGCUGGGGGCACCUCCGAUACGCUUGAAGUACCUGGCAGUGGCGAACGAGGCUUCUACCGUGUGUCGGGCCGCAAGCUGCCGUCUGUUCUCUACACGGGCGGUGAUGGAUACUCGGACCCGCGUGAAAGCACCAUGAGCCAGUAUUCGCAAUCCUCCGAGCCUUUCAAUCGUGGCGAGGAGCCUUUUGCACUCGGUAGUCCUAUGCGACCAGUAAGCGGCGUGCCAAUUAUGCGGUCGGGGCCCGCUCGCAUACCGGUAACGGAAGCCAACCCGUUUGCCGAUCCAAUUCCGUCACCGCCGAUGGGAAAAAACGACUCGCCACCCAGACGCCCUGGAUCUAGUGGUAGCACGCGAGGAUCCAGCUCACGGUUCCAGGAGAGCAUAUGA